GUUACAUUUGGUUUAUUACACAAAACAUUUUUUGAAAGGAAAGAAUGGUGUAGUAUAUAAUAUAUUAAAUAACGGUACAUUUAUGCAAAAGUCUUACAGAUCCUCUAAUUCAAGGUGUUGAUACGUUCAACUUUUGCAUUCUUUAAAUAAUGCGGUAGCAAAACCUAACCUAAAAUUACAUGCAUAGCUGUUACCAUAAUUAUUUUAAGUAACCAGAGAACUUUAUGAAAGGGCAGGACGGAGGAGAGCAGACGAGUUAAAAAAACGUAUCCUUGUCCUUAACUAUAGGUCUCCAGUCGACUUAGCAGAGGUGAAAUUACAGAGUCAAGAUGUUUUGGUCUCUUUAUCCAGCCUUAUGGUGUCUCCCAUAUGGCGUUUCAUUAAAGAAGACCUGUAAGUGCAACCUACACAAGCUUACAUUAGAAUAAAACAACCGCAUUUAUGUCCUUAGACAGGAGACCGUAAAAAUGCAUUUAAGCCAGCUGUGCAAAGGCUCAGACUGGCUCAACCAAAUAUGUGAAAUCCAGGCUAGAUAAUCUAAUUAUGAUAUUAGAAGCAUCAAAGUUUGAUUUCACAUUGAUUUCAAUCUUUGACAUGACCAUACUCAGUUAAUAUUAAAUAUAUCAACAUUAUAUUUUCUUUACAUCACUUAUGCCGAGUUCAAACUGCAAGAUUUUAGCCCUGAUUUUGACUCGCCGACAGGUUUUUUUGUACAAACAGUAAAUCACAAAAAUGACUUGAGCUAGGUUUUCACAGACUGGGUCACAAAUGACACACAAGGAUGCCAUAUGUGGGAACAUACAGUGCAAUCUGCAAUCUGCUUUGAAUGGAAAAAUGAUGGAGUCUACUUGGCACCUGAACGCAAAAGCAGGCAAUAGUGCUUCCCUCAUAGAUUUGAUUUCGCAAAGGCAUGACUUGGAAGGCACUCAGAAUUCAGUCUUGAGUUUCUUAUGUCUCUCCACUCCAUGUGUUUUGUUAUCCAACAGGUCACAAGGGCUUUAAAGAACAGCUUUGGAAGAACAAAAGUGGCAUUGAUCCGCACCACUUUCUAUAUCCAGCCAUCUAGGUUGGACAGCCAGAGUCUGUUAGUCUUGUUGUAGGUGCUGGACUCUUGGCACAGGUUGUGCUGAAUCAUGGGAUAUGAAACAAAGCAUGGCUGGGCGAAACUGACAACUAAUGAAAUAACUUUGUGGGGCAUCAAAAGAAAAGGGAGGGUAGAAUAGAGAGGAUGAGGAUGGUGAUGUGUGUGUUUGGCUGGUGUUUCUUCUGCCCUCCCAGUGCCAGCCAGCCAGCCUAUUGGGAACUGCCUAUGAAUGCGUUCAGGUCAUAGAAAAGUUUUGGCAGAGUUUCCGCCCCUAAGCUUACAGUAUAUAUUGAGCCUGUGAUGCCACCCCACAGCGACUGGCAUCCCGGAGCUGCUCAUCACACCCAUCCUGGUUCACUAUGGCAACUGAUCACCAGAACCCUGCAACCAAGCAAAAGCUACCAGUGCCCAGUGCAUUCAAGUUGGUAAUCUACGAGCAGGAAAACUUCCAAGGCCGCUGUCAUGAGCUGACUGGGCCCUGUAAUAACCUCCAAGAGGCGGGCAUGGAGAAAGUGGGCUCAAUACUGGUUCUGUGUGGACCGUGGGUGGGAUAUGAGCAGCCCGGCUGUAAAGGGGAACAGUAUGUGUUCGAGAAGGGUGAGUAUCCUCGCUGGGACGCCUGGACCAAUAGCAGACGCAGUGACUGCAUCUUCGCCUUCCGCCCCAUUAAAGUGGACAGCCAGGAACACAAGAUCAUGCUGUAUGAGAACCCAAGCUUCGCUGGAAAGAAGAUUGAGAUCAUAGAUGACGAUGUCCCCAGCUUCCAUGCCCAUGGAUACCAUGAGAAAGUCUCAUCAGUUCGUGUGCAGAGUGGCACCUGGGUGGGUUAUCAGUACCCAGGAUACAGAGGCUAUCAGUACUUGUUCGAGAAAGGAGAGUAUAAGGAGUGUUCUGAGUUCGGGGCUGUGCUGCCUCAGAUUCAAUCCGUGAGGCGCAUUCGUGACAUGCAAUGGCAACAGAGAGGGGCUUUCCACGCCUCUAACUAAUCCACCAGCACAUCUCUUCACCCUUCAGCUUCUGACACUCUUACCCUACUCUUCAUCCCUGAAUGCUGA